GGCGCGUCGGUCGCCCAUUUUCGAUAUUGAGCGCGCGGCUAAACGGCAAAACUGGAUUGCCUUUGUAACGGACGUCAACAUCAGUCAACAUUAUAGCUGCUUUGUUUUUUCACUACUGCUCGCAAAACAAGCCGUAAUUUCCCGAGUGUUGGAACAGUCCGCAUGAGCAUGAGUGCUGCGAAACCAAGCGUGGCCUCCAUGGCGACGAUGCGGGACGCGUACACGGUGUGCCAAAACAAACCGAACGCCUUUGCCAAGGGACUGGACGUCAUGAACAAACUGCUCCGAGACACUCCGUCGAGCGAUUUCGUGUCCCAGCUGACUCCAGUCGUGCAAAUUGUGCUCUCCAACACCGAGAGCGGCGAGUACGCUGAGCGUCUGCUCGACUUCACAGCGCAGUUCCUAGCGGGGACGACUUUGACGUCUUCCGCGACGGCGGCGGCUGACGACUCCGGCGUUACCGGCGGUGACAGCUGGCUCCUUGUUCGGAUGCUGGACGCCGCGCUAGAGUGGAGCACGUCGGACUCGAAAGUAGUGCGCGAGCGCUGCUGUCGGCUGGUCGAGAAGACGCUGUGCAACAUCAAGGACGAGUACGCCGUCGACGAAGACCUCUUCGACCGGGUCGAGGCCGCCAUGAUGGCGCGACUCAAGGACCGCAUCGGCGCCGUCCGCGCAGCGGCCGCGGGAGCCCUCUCGCGUCUACAGGACCCGUCCAAUUCGGGCUGCAAAAUCGUCGAGGCCUUCUUGUUCCACUUGGAGCACGACCCCUGCGUAGAGGUCCGGAGCGCCAUCGUGACUCGGAUGGUGCCGUCCACCAAGACUCUGGCGGCCAUCGUGGCCAGGACUAGGGACGUGAAGGACGCAGUCCGACGGCUGGCGCUGGAGCGCCUCGUCGAGAAGGUCCCAGUCCGCUACCUGUCUCUGAGACAGCGAACGGCCGUCAUCGCGAUGGGCCUUGGCGAAUCGGCGGGCGCUGUGCGGACCGUCGUGACGCAGAAACUCAUCCCGACCUGGCUGCAGCAGACCAAAGGGAGCCUGGUGGACUUCCUGAGGCUGCUGGACGUGCACGGCUCCACCGAGAGCGUCGAAAGCUUCCUCGACUGGUACCUGGCGGAGCACGACCUCAAGCGGGCGGCGGCCGACUUCGCGAGUGCCUGCUUGGAUGAGGACAAGUUGGUCCCAGAAGACAAGCUCAGCAGCGAGACGCUCCUCCUCUGGCGCUGCCUGGUGCUCCACCUCCGUGCCGGCGGGUCGGCCGACGCUGACGCGCUCGUCGAGUCGGUCUUCCCGGACACGGUGGUGUAUUGCGGCUACCUGGUGAAGCACGUAUGCGCCUUUGACGAGUCAUGGGAUACGCUGCGCCAGCUAGAGCACCGCUUUAUGUCCCGGCAGCUGCUGACCCUGGCCCAGGCGGCAGACAUUAGCGACAGCGCAGGCAGGGCCCGCCUUGUUGAGACUGUGCACAUGCUGCUUGCGUCGCCUAAGGUCGGCUCCGUGCUGGUGCAGCCGCUCAUGAGGCUGUUGGGGCGCAUAUUCCCCAGCACGGACCAGGUAGCCCAGGAGGUGGCAUUGGCCAUUUCGGCAACGGCCCCCGCCGCCCCGUCACAAGAGGCGCGGGAGGUGGCCGCGGCGCCACUUGUUGCUAGCAUCGACGUGGUCAAGAUGCGCGUGAAGCUCAACAUGCUCCGCGAAGACCUGUCGAUCUGCGUUGAGCGGGAGCAGUUUGCCGAGGCGCAGGAACUAAAGAACAAGGUGCUCGAGCUGGAGCAGACGCUCCGGGAUGUGCAGGCGGCCGCCGAGGUAGCCCUCGAGGAGUUUCAGGAAGACGGGAGGGUGGAACAGGACAGUGCAACGACCCUCAAGAUCGCCACCCUAGUGACCGAGAUGCUGGCUGUCACGCCCUUUGCCUCUGUGUCCCCAUUCCUGCAGACCUGCCUCGACGACAUCGUGCUGCCGGGCAUCGUGAGCACCGACACGGCAGUCCGCAAGCAGGCCACGCACGCCCUGGGCCUCUGCUGUACCCUGAGCAAGCGGGCCGCACUAAAGCACAUGCAGCUGCUCUUCCAGAUCGCGCUCGCGGACACGCCGCAGAUCCGCGCCGUCGCGCUGGCUGGUGCCGUGGACCUCAUCCUGGCGUUCGGGGUGGAGCCGUUCGACUCUGUCCUGCGGAACCUGUUCGAAGAUGAUGACGACGAUGACGAAGAGGCGACGCCUCGGGAUGCGUCCGCGCUCCUUGUUGAUUGCCUCAUCCGCUAUGUCGACGACGAAGACGACCAUCUGCGUGCGGUGGCGGCGGAAGGGAUGGCCAAGCUGCAGCUGUAUGGCCGCGUGUGCUCGCCAUCUUUACUGUCCGUCAUGGUCCUCCAAUGGAUGCACCCGAACACGGACCCAGACUCACACCUCCACCAGGUCUUGCGGAACUUCGUGGUCGCCUACAGCCACGGCGGCAGCCCCCAGAGCCUGCGCUGCUUCGAGAUGGCCUUCUUGCCUACAUUGGCCGCAGUCUUGGAUGCGCCGGCAUCGAGUCCUCUGGCGCGCCUCAGUGCCGCAGACCUCCUCAACUUCCUGGUGGAUGUGACGCUUCCGCGGUCGGCCGAUCGGCCCGGGCAACGGGUGCCGGCGUCGGCGGCCACCGAAGCGACGCCACACGACCGCCUGGCUGUGGAGCUGUGCCGCGAGGUCCUCAAGGACCCGCACGACGAGGACGCGCUGGUUUUCCUGAAGGCCCUUACCAUGCUGGAGGUCACCGAGAGGGCGUCGGUCGAAGACCUCAUGUCUGCGGCGCGCAAGAUGCGCGACAAGGUCAAGGCGAAACGGGGCGCUGCCCUCGUAAAGAAGUUUGAGGACAAGCUGAAGACGCUGGCGGGCGCGGCCACUGCGGACAGGGAUGGCGAGCCGUCUUCUUCGGCCAGCGUUGUCAUCGACUCGUCCACGCUGACCGACGGGAGCUGCAGCCUCUUCGGUCGGAGCGCGAGCAUGUCCGUGGGGCCCACGGAGAGCGGUGCUUGUUCAGGGUCGGGGUCGUCCGGAAGACGCCUGCUCGAUUCGCAGGACCUGUUUCCACUGAGUAAUGACCCCUGAGCGUUUCGAGAAGUUGGCUCGUGCACGCCUUGGAAAACCCGGCGGGCUUCAGAGGACGACUGCCGGAUUUGGCGGAGCAUCCGACUUCCCCUCAGUGGCUCGUUUCACGCUGCUCUGCAUGGCAGAGUGGCAAUAUUUGCAAAGGACUCCUUGUCUGCUGUUUUAUGUCUGUAUUUGUACUUGAUGAAAUAAGUUUGUUCCCGUUCUUCACUGCUCGUUUUUAGCAUUUCUAACUGUAUCGCAUUUUAAACUGAAUUUAUUUUGCAUUAGAGAUGGCGGCAACAGAGGAUAAAUGCUGCCUUGACACGGCUGGGGAGAGCUGCACGUCCCCCUCCCAAGCGACAGCAGGCGAAUCAAUAAGGAAGCACAUUAACAUUCAACUACAUCAGGAGAGCGAGAUAUUUUUGUUAGAAUUAAAUAUAAGUUGCAUGGUUU